AUGGCGCCCUCAUGGCUCAGUGACUUGCGCCGCCUGAACCGCAAUAACCUCGCAACUGUUCGCGCGGCGCCAUGGGCCGAGAUCUCAGGGUCUCUUGGCGAUCUGGGCACUCUGCUGCCGCUCAUGAUCGCCCUCGCCGCCCAAGGGUCCAUCCAUCUCGGCACCACCCUCGUGUUUACGGGGUUGUUUAACAUCCUCACCGGUGUCUUUUAUGGCAUCCCUCUCCCAGUUCAGCCGAUGAAGGCUAUUGCCUCGGCAGCCAUCUCGAAUGGCUCUGCCAUGAGUACAGUAACCGCUGCUGGACGGUGGGUUGGCGCAGCCGUCUUCAUCAUGAGCGUCACCGGCCUCUUGCGAUGGGUCGUGCGUGUUGUUCCUAUCCCUGUGGUCAAGGGCAUCCAGCUGGGAGCUGGUCUCUCGUUGAUUCUCGGUGCUGGUUCGUCGCUGCUUCAACCUCUUCACUGGGUUCAUCCGGCUCUUGACAACCGCAUCUGGGCCUUGGUUGCUUUUCUUGCUCUCGUCGGUACCCAGAAGCUAUCUCGCUUCCCCUAUGCGUUGCUGUUCUUCGUUGUCGCCCUGCUGUUGGCCUUUGUCCAGGUUCUCAUGUCUCAACAGAGUCUGCCGUGGUUCCAUGUGUGGCAUCCUGAGUUUGUCAUGCCUGGGAGGGAUGAUUCACCUGCAUUGUGGAUGGCCAUCGGUCAGCUACCCCUGACGACGCUCAACUCUAUCAUCGCUGUCAGCGCACUAUCCCAGGAUCUUCUACCCGAUAUCCCUACGCCUUCGGUGGGCUCUAUCGGAAUCAGCGUGGCCUUGAUGAAUCUCACAAGCACAUGGUUCGGAGGCAUGCCCGUCUGUCAUGGUGCCGGGGGCUUGGCCGCGCAGUACCGAUUUGGGGCUCGAAGCGGAGCCAGUAUCAUCAUGCUCGGCCUUUUCAAGCUGAUCAUGGGCCUUGUUUUUGGUGAAACUCUGGUCGACCUCUUGCGGUACUAUCCCAAGAGCCUCCUCGGCAUCAUGGUUAUAGCGGCCGGCCUCGAACUGGCCAAGGUUGGCCAGAGCCUCAACCAAGGGGCUUCCGAUUUGUGGCAGACUGCUGCGCAACAAGAUGUUCGCCAACACCGUGACCUUUCAGACGAGGAGCGCACCGAGAGAUGGACCGUCAUGCUCAUGACGACUGCUGGAAUCCUGGCCUUCCGGAACGAUGGUGUCGGGUUCCUGGCGGGCAUGCUCUGUCAUGGGGCGUACCGGCUCUCUGAACGAUUGGCAAAGUGGCACUCACGUCGAGGAAUCUUUCCAACUGAGCGUGACCCGCUUCUUCAUUGA